AUGAUGACGUCUACAAUACUCGCUGCGACGCAGCAACCGCCAGAUCCUGCGCUGGGUAGGAUGGCUGGCCCACCGCCGAAGAAGAAGAGGAAGCGUGCGGGUACUGGGGGAGCGAACGAUGACUGCUUCGCUUGUUCUACGCGAGGCGCAAAGUGCGACAGGAAGAGGCCAUACUGCACGCAGUGCAUCGAGAUUGGGAAAGAAUGCUCUGGGUACAAGACGACUCUGACUUGGGGCGUGGGUGUAGCGAGUAGAGGCAAGCUGCGUGGGCUGACAUGCCCCAUUGCGAACAAGAAUGCGGAUGGGACCGAUGUCAGCGCUGUGGAGCUGGAGGCAAGGCGACGCAGGAAGAGCUCUACAUCUCAGAUAAAGAGGGAGAAUGGUACCAAAAGACCUGCGUCUCCAGGGUCGUAUGCUGGCGGAGCUCGAGAUACUGAGACAACGGCGGACUUUGGCGAAGGUCUAAAGGCCACUCAGACCUACCCGUUCCCCAAUGGCCCGUCAGCAGGCUGGCAAAGCCUGGCUGGCGAGAGCUCUAUCUGGCAGAGAAGGACAGACGACAUCCGACAUCAGUCGGCAAACCUCAGGUUACCUUCCAUUCAGACUGGAUUCGAUGCACCGAUUGACCCGCUCAAAUCUGCGCAGUCGAUGAGCUCGUACAGUGAUGCAGCGUUCUAUUCACCAGUGGAAUACCCUCAUACGCCGUCGUCUCUGGCAUUUCCCGAGCCAUUGACACACUCAAUGUCCGCUCCGUUUCCAGACUCGGCGUCUACCAUGAAUGCAGACCAUUAUCAUGCUUCGGGAAGCACUGCCACUGAGACUUUCCCUGGAUCUGCGCAAUCGCAGGCAGAGUUCGCUCAGAGUCAGUCUGGCUUUACUGCGAAUGGAGCAGUGCACGAGCAGGCCACCCUUGAGCUGCUCCCUGGAGUGUUCUAUGAUGGUAGCACGGAUGUGCCAACGCCAAUCUCCACCAUCACCUUCAACCCGCUCGGCAGCGAGCUGGAUGGAGAAGCCGACGAUAUCGAAGACAUCAAGGCCGAAGACGACAACAACCAAGUGUCUGUAAUCGACGCCCGCUUCAGCAGCCCCUUCUUCCAAGUCUCACCUCGCUUGCGGCAACUGAUCAACUACUACGAUCGCCAUAUCUGCCCCUUCCUCGUGACGUUCGACAAUACGGAGAAUCCAUACCGCAAGCACAUCCUCCAGUUCGCCCUGCAGAACGAGGGCCUGCAACACGCCAUCGCCGCCCUCGCCACCAACAACUUCCGCAUGCGCACCAAAGAAUUGCGGCAGAAACCCGGCCAUGUCGAGGAGCUAGACGACAACAUCUUCAACCCCAACUUCACCCUCGACCCCAGCGGCCCCACGCAGGAGGAAUCCUGCUACAAGCAAAUGUCCAUCAACCACCUCAACAUGCGCCUCGCCGACAACCGCUCCGCGCAAGACGAUUCCGUGCUCGCCACUCUGCUCAUCCUCUGCCUCUUCCACGUCUGCGACUCGGGCUUCAGCAAGUUCAAAACCCAGCUUGCAGGCGUGCAGAAGCUCCUCUCGCUCCGCCACCCCAACACGCAAUCCGAAUUUACGCGCUGGGUCGAGAUGUUCUUCACCUGGUUCGACGUCAUGACCAGCACCGUCAACGACCGCGAGGUCCAGAUUAAAGGCGAUUCUCUAGCGAUGCUCGACUUCAACGCCAACCUAGGCGCCAUGGAACACUUCUCCGGCUGCGACGGGCGCCUCUUCAAACUCAUCGCCCGCCUUGGAAGGCUCAACCUCCUGGCCCAAGGCCGUCCCGUGCGUGCUUCAAACUCCGGCGCCCAGACCCCUCGUCCAACAAACUGGUGGCGCAAGCCCUCCCCUUCGCGAAUCUCGUCCCUGCUGCCAUCCGACUACGCCAACAUGGACGGCAAUGGCUGGGGCGCCCCCAUCCUCCCUCCCACCUCCCCCGAACCCGAAGCAGACCCCUCCCUCGACCGCUCGGACUUCUGGUCCGAGUGGCACACCACCCGCUCCCGGCUCGAGACCUGGACGCACCCUCCUCACCCUCCUUCUACAACUUCACCGCUGGACCAAGCAGAUCUAUACCACAUCAACGAAUCCUUCCGUCUCGCCGCCUUGCUGUACACCGAACGUCUCGGAUCACCAUUACUCCCGAGCUCAGCGCCCCCGUUCCAGAACCUCGUGACCCGCGGACUCACGCACAUAGCUUCGCUGCGCGUAACUUCAUGCGUGAAUAAAUUCCUCCUAUGGCCGCUUUUCAUCAUCGGGACGGAGAGCGUGGAUGAGGGACAUCGCGAAAUUAUCCGUGUGAGGUGCAAGGAUGUGGCGGAGGAGAGUGGGUUCUUUAAUAAUAUGAAUACGUUGUUUGUGCUGGAGAGGGUGUGGAUGGAGGUUGGGAGUAAUGUGAUGGGGAUGGAGGCGGAGGAGGUGAGGGCGCGGAGGAGGGAUAGUGAGGCUGGGGAAGGACAGGCGUUUCGGUGGCGGAAGGCGAUGGAUCGGGUGGAUGGGGAGUACAUUGUUAUAUAG